AUGCCCAACGGAUGCUGCGGAUGCGGCGGCGGCAAUAAUUACUCCGUGUGCUGCUACAGCAGCCCCCGCUGCUGCAAGACGCCCAUGUGCUGCAGCCCCAUGCAGUGCUGCACCCCCUGCUGCAUGCCCAUGCAGUCCUGCUGCAUGCCCAUGUCCUGCUGCUACACCAUCAGCAGCAACAACAACAGCGGCUGCUGCGGCGGCUGCUGCGGCAACUGAGCCCACCCGGCUGGCUCCCGGCUCGGAUUCGGACUUGGACGUGGAUAUGGAUGUGGAUUCCAUCCCAAAAUGCUUCUUCUGAGUGCUUGGACUCUCAAAACUUCUCUUCUUUGCUGCCUUUAGCCCCCAAGUGCUUUGCUGUGCCCUGAAGCCGCUGCCCGGCGAGUUUCUGGCGCUGCUCUUCCUUCCCCUCUCGGUGUGCGGGAUGCUCGAUGCUGCCGGUGUUUCCUUCUCCUUUCUCUUUCUUUAA